AAAAUGAGAGGGGGUAAAGAUAGUAUAAUUUGGAAUUCUUUAUUUUAAGGGCCUAUCUCUUUUGCAUUUAAAAAUAGCGUGUUCCAUACAGUAUUUUCAGAGAUAAGUCUGAAUGCCAAAUGCAAACUAACAAGACCAAUACAGUAAAUGUUUAUGAGAGGUCAUUGUCGAAUAAACGUGGACGACUCUGGAUCCCCUGCCCACCUCUACCCUAAACAAUUGGGGUAAACGUGGGCAGAGUUUGUGUGGGCAGGAAAUCCGGACUCGAACUUGUUAUCCGCCUCCCAAUUUCAGCGAUUUACAAUUUGCUUUCUUAUUAAUAGUUACUACAGUCGCAUUUGGGAGGGUUGUUGCGAUUGUUGGUAGCAGAUCAACAGCCAACAGAUCCGGUGUAGUUUAUAACAGAGUUCGAAUCUGCUUCCACGGCGCUCAGCCGACAUGUCAAACUCCGGCAACAGUGGUGGUAAUGGCAAUAGUGUACACGUACUGGUCUUCCCUUUCCCAGCGCAGGGUCACAUGUUGCCGCUGCUCGAUCUCACCCACCAACUUGCCCUCCACAGCAGCUUAGCCAUCACCAUACUCGUAACGCCCAAAAACAAAACCCUACUAACACCUCUUCUCUCUAAACACCCUUCCAUCCAGACCCUCAUCUUGCCUUUCCCCAAUCACCCCUCAAUACCCCUUGGUGUGGAGAAUGUCAAGGACCUUUCAGCCCAAGCUUUCGUUCCUAUGAUUUGCGCUUUGGGCCAACUUUAUGACCCUCUUCUUCGCUGGUUUCAGUCUCAUCCCUCACCCCCUGCUGCCAUCAUUUCCGAUUUCUUUCUGGGCUGGACCAACCACCUCGCCUGCCAUAUCGGCAUCCCUCGUAUCGUCUUUUCUCCUUCCGGCCUGGCGACUUUGUCACUCUCGAAUUCCAUGUGGCGAGACCUUCCCAAGAUAGACGAUCCCAACGACCCCAAUUUCCCCAUUUCCUUUCCCAAAGUUCCCAACUCUCCCACAUUUCUCUGGUGGCAGGUCUCCACUGUCUAUCGCAGGUAUGUUGAGGGACACCCAGAUUCGGAAUUCAUAAGAGAUAACUUUCUUGCCAAUAUUGCCAGUUGGGGAAUAGUUUUCAACUCCUUCUUCGAGUUAGAGAGCGUGUACUUUACUCACAUGAGGAAGGAUUUAGGACACCACCGGGUUUGGGCUGUAGGGCCUCUGCUUCCUCCAGGUGAUGAUCCAACAACCGAGAGGGGUGGGUCCAGCUCCGUGGCUGCCGGCGACGUGAUCUCUUGGUUGGACAGGUGUAGAGAUAAUUCGGUGGUCUAUAUUUGCUUUGGAAGUCAGGCGGUGUUGACAAACAAGCAGAUGGAGGCGGUGGCGGCCGGUCUUGAGCAAAGUGGGUCUGAGUUCGUUUGGUGUAUCAAGGAGGCUACCACGAUGCAGGCGGCGGGAGAAUAUGGGGUUAUUCCGUCAGGGUUUGAAGAACGUGUGGGAGGGAGGGGACUUGUGAUAAGAGGUUGGGCUCCUCAGGUGUUGAUACUGAGGCACCGGGCCGUCGGCGCAUUCUUGACUCACUGUGGGUGGAACUCGGUGCUGGAGGCACUCGUCGCGGGUGUGCCGAUGCUUGCCUGGCCGAUGGGAGCAGACCAAUUUAUAAAUGCAAGGCUGUUGGUGGAGGAAAUUGGGGUGGCCGUGAAGGUCUGCGAGGGUCCUGAGACGGUUCCAAAUCCGACAGAGUUGGCUAAAUCCAUUAACGAAUCGGUGGGCGAAGAACGGGCCGAGAGGGUGCAAGCGAGAGCGACGGAGCUGCGUAAGGCAGCGCUAGAAGCAACCAAGGGAGGUGGAACUUCAUCCAACGACUUGGAAGGAUUGGUGAAUUAUUUAUGUGCACUUCAAUUUUAACACGAUUAGAAUAUUCUAUAAUAGACUGCUGGAUUCCAUUGAGUGUGGUAGACGACAGAGAACAGGACGUGUGAAUUUAAGUUUUUUAUUGUUUUCCGAGAGAUUGUAAAUGGUGAAUGAGUACUCAUUUUGGACAACUAGAAUUUAGCA